AUGAUGAGUUUACUGGUAAUCAUGAGUUUAGCCUUGAUUGGCCAGGCUCAAAUUGCCAAAGGAAGGAUUACAGGACAAGUAAUUGACGGCAGCGAAAAGACCAUAGCCGCCGCUACCAUCACGCUGUUAAAGGCAAAAGAUUCGUCUGUAGCUAAAAUGAGCGCCGCCAGUAAAGAGGGUGAUUUUGAAUUUGACGGUAUCGCCGAAGGCAAAUAUGUGGUGGCGGUUUCUGCCGUAGGCCAUAAAAAAGCCUUUUCUGAUGCUUUCGAAAUCACUGAAGCUAAACCGCUGGUGGCGUUGAAAACCAUUGAGCUGGUGCCCACUUCAAAAGACCUUACAGGCGUUACUAUUACAGCCCGUAAACCCCUUAUUGAACAGCAUAUAGACAGAACCGUGGUAAAUGUAGAGGCGGCGGUAUCCAAUGUGGGUGCUACAGCGCUGGAAGUAUUGGAAAAAUCACCCGGCAUUACCGUAGACAAAGAUGGUUCCAUCAGCCUGAAAGGAAAGCAGGGUGUGCAGGUAUAUAUAGACGGAAAACCUUCUUACCUCAGUGGCGCGGACCUGGUAAACCUGUUAAAGAAUAUGAAUGCCAACCAGCUGGAGCAGAUUGAAAUCAUGACUAAUCCGCCUGCUAAAUACGAUGCCGCCGGUAAUUCAGGUAUAAUCAAUCUUAAAACCAAAAAGAACAAAGCCAAAGGAUUUAACGGCAGCGUUACUGCUGGCUAUUCACAGGGUGUUUACUGGAGAACCAAUGAGAGCCUUAACCUGAACUACCGCAAUGGUAAGUACAAUGCUUUCAUGAACUACAGUUUCAACAAGAACAAUAGUUUCCAGGAACUAUCUAUUCAUCGUACCUAUAAAGAUACAGACGGAAAAACGGUAAAAGCCAUGUUUGACCAGGUGGCUUUUAUGCCCCGCAAUAACAUUAACAACAGCCUGAAAUUUGGUAUGGACUUCUUUGUAGACAAGAAGACUACGCUUGGCUUUGUAGCCAGUGGUUUUUUGAAUCCUGAAAAUGAAUAUAACUAUAAUACCUCUUACCUGAAGGAUGCGAAUGGGUUGGUGGAUUCUAUUGUUAAGUCAACCAGCACCAACCACAACAAAUGGAAGAACGGGUCUGUUAACCUGAAUUUCCGCCGCCAGUUUGAUUCUACCGGCCGCGAGUUAACGGCAGAUAUUGACUAUUCAAAAUAUUCCUCUAACAAUAAUCAAUACUUUGUAAACGCCUCUUAUGAGCCGGACUGGCUAAAAAAAGGGCAAACUGAUUUGAAAAGUAUUUUGCCUGUGGAUAUUAAUAUCUACUCAGCAAAACUGGAUUAUACCCAUCCUUUGAAAAAGGAAGCCAAACUGGAAGCGGGUUUGAAAAGCAGCUAUGUAAACACAGACAAUGCAGCCAAUUAUUUUAAUGUGCUGGGCGGUACAGAUGUGGUGGACUACGACAAGACAAACCGUUUCCAGUACAGGGAAAAUGUAAAUGCAGCCUAUAUUAAUUACAACCGCCAGUUUAAGAAAAUAGGUGUGCAGGCCGGGUUGCGUUUUGAGAACACCAAUUACAAAGGUCAUCAGCUGGGUAAUGAGCAGCGUCCGGGAUCCGAUUCUUCUUUCAGUAAAAGUUAUAACAACCUUUUUCCCACGGUAUUUAUCAGCUAUAACGCCGGUAAAAACAGCCAGUUUGGUUUAUCAAUUGGCAGAAGAAUAGACAGACCAGCCUACCAGGAUCUCAAUCCAUUCCUGUUUUUCCUCGACAAUUAUACUUACCAGGCAGGAAAUCCUUAUCUGAAACCGCAGUAUACCAAUAAUAUAGAGGUGAGUCAUACUUUUAAAGGAUUUCUUAACACAACGGUGAACUAUAGCCGUACAAAGAAUUUCUUUACUGAAACAUUUGAGCAGAAGGACUAUGCUACCAUCGUGCGCCAGGGAAAUAUUGGUCAGCGCCAGAAUGCAGGUAUCAGCAUGAGUGCACAGGUAAAAAUCAGCAAAUGGUGGAGCACCAACCUGUACGGCAACUACAACUAUAAUUUCUUCAGGGGAGAACUGUACGGCGAAAUGCUGAAAGUAAGCGGGUCAAACGUGCUGUUUAAUGUAAACAACCAGUUCAGUUUUGGCAAGGGCUGGAGUGCAGAACUCAGCGGCUGGUACAGAACCAAAGGUAUAGAAGGCCAGAUUUUGAUUAUGCCCAUGGGCCAGGCUUCUGCAGGUGUUUCCAAACAGGUGCUGAAAGGAAAGGGCAGUGUUCGGGCAAACAUCAGGGAUAUAUUCUAUACCAAUGCUGCAAAAGGAACCAUUAAUUUCCAGUCAACAGAAGCAAGCUUUAGAAACACCCGCGAUUCCAGGGUGGCCGGUAUCUCCUUCACUUACCGCUUUGAUGCUUCGCAAAAACCCGUAGAAGCUGCUACCGUUCAGUUGUUGAAAUCAGAUGGCAGGACCCUGGUAAAAUCUGCCGUCACGAAUAAGCAGGGUUUUUUUGAAUUAGAGAAACUUGCAGCCGGGAAAUACUUUAUCAAUGUUAGUGCGGUGGCAUUUGCUGCAAAGAAUGAUAUUGUCAUUGAACUGGCUGACGGUAAAAUGGCGGUACAGUUGCAGGCCAUUCAGCUUGCUGCCCAAACCAAAGAACUGGGUGGGGUCACGGUUACUGCACGGAAGCCGCUGAUUGAACAGAAAAUAGACCGUACUGUUAUCCACGUAGAAGCCGCACCCACCAAUGCUGGUGCUACGGCGAUGGAGGUGCUGGAAAAAUCUCCGGGCAUCAGUGUAAACAACGAUGGCGUUAUCAGUCUGAAGGGCAAACAGGGCGUUAUAGUAAUGAUGGACGGAAAACCUACCUAUCUCUCGGCAGCAGACCUCGCCAACCUCCUGAAGAACAUGCCGGCUUCUUCGCUUGACCAGAUUGAAAUCAUGACGAAUCCCCCUGCAAAAUAUGACGCUUCGGGUAAUUCCGGUAUCAUUAAUAUAAAAACAAAGAAAAGCCGUAGCGAUGGACUGAAUGGCAGUGUUACAGCCGGCGGUACUAUUGGGUUGUACAAAAGAGGAGGCGAAUGGCUUACGCCGCUGAAACAGACUUCCAGCCUGAACCUCAAUUACCGGAAAGGGAAAAUCAACCUCUUUGGUAAUUACAAUUUUAACUACCGCGAAGGCAAAGCCGACCUGGAGAUUAACAGGAAUUUUUUUAAUAAAGAUGGCUCCCUCAACUCUUAUUCCAGUUCUGUAACGCAGAUGAACAUGCGCAAUAACAACCAUACCCUGAAACUGGGUAUGGAUUACUAUGCCGGCAAAAAAAAUGUAUUCGGUGUAGUGCUUAACGGUUUCAGUUUCUUUGGCAGACCCAGGCCGUUCAGCACCCAAACCAUCUCUUCGCCCGAUGGUGCCGUGCAGUCGGUACUGGCUUCGUCUACCACCAACAAACUUACUUUCUGGAACUAUUCGGGCAAUGUGAAUUACAAGCAUGUGUUUGAUACCAGCGGUACAGAACUGACCGCUGACCUGGACUAUCAGGUUGACAGCAUACAGCAGCACUACGGUAACAUCGGGGAAGACACUGGUCAGCCAGUUUUUUUUCGGUUUUGCCUUUACACCCCAGAUCAUGUUAAUAGAGUCCUGCAUCUCUGCAAAGACACUGGUAGCGCCCACCAGCAGGGUAAUUAUACCGAUGGUGGUGGCCAGCGCCGUCUUACCGCUAAGGGAGGCAUUUUUUAUAAUCUGCUGCAGCUGGAUGGCGGUAUCGUGCCCGGUAAAAUUCUCCAGCUGCCGGUAGAUGCUGCCCUCAAUGGCUUCCCGCCCAAAGAAGACGCUGCAUACGGUGAUAAUAAUCAGCAGCAGCGGGCCCAUGGAAAAUAUCAUAUAAUAGGACAAAGAACCGCUCAGCUUGGGUAUUUUAUCAUUCGCAAAACCGCUGAAAGAUGUGCCUAG